GCUGUGAACGUGCUGGCCACAACCAACGACGAACGUCUCGCCACCUCCAUUUUCCUGUUGGACAGCCUCGGAAUGACGACCAUGGUAUCCCGGCGCCGCGCGUCCAUCGUCCUUGGCGCGGUGCUAUGGAUGCUGGACACGUCUGCAACUGAAGCAUUUGGUUCAUUGCCACGGACCGAUGGCACCACGACGCGAUGCUGGGCCAUCGCCGAAUCCUCGUCUGUGAAACAACCCAGUGAGACCAACCUCGUCAAGGACGCAGAAGGCGUGGGAUGUCCGUUCCGAGUGCGCUUCAUGCUUCCCCCCAACGCCACGGUCAACCAAAAGUUGACUGCAACCUGGACCAUUUCGUACACGCUUGCCACCGUGGCCAGCAAUACCCUUGGUACCGUUACGACGACGACGACCACAUACAUACAUAUAUUGCUUUAUAUACGGAUUGACUUGUGUAGGCUACAAGCUGCCUCUGUCCACAUCCAUGGAUCCAACCACGGGUCAAGUGGUGCAGAUUCUGCACUCCAACAUUCACGCGUGCAAGUACAGCGUCGCGAGCAUUUGCGAUCCGUUCGUCGAUGCCGACAAAGUCCGAGAUCAUACCCCCAACCAGCCCGGGAACUUCACGCUCUCGACCAGCGACUCGACGUUUAUCUACCCCGACUUGUCGUUUCCUGAAAAAGGCGAUAUCUUUGUGCUCGCGCACUUGGCGCUCCCAGGUCCGAACACUUCGUUUCGCUAUGAUUUUGCCGUGUAUCAGCGCAUUACCAUCGUCGACACUGCUACCACGUCUUCCCAAACAUUAGCUCCUCCAAUCAGCAGCACCGGCGCGGCCAACACGGUGGUGCUGAUCGUGGCUAUUGGGGGCGGGGUCGUUGUGGCUAUUGUAAUUGCAGUGGUCGUGCUGCUCAUGUACCGUCGAAAGCAUGCUACAAUUAACCAGUCCCAUGUGCAAUCUCCUUAUCCAGUCCACUCAUCGGCAGCGUACACGCCAAUGGAGCCUGAAAGUGGCAGACCUCGAUAUAAGGACACUACGCACUCGAGUGGCGGCCGGCCUACGGUUACUGGCACCGCCGACACGUUUUGGCAGAAUGAAACGGCGUCGCAGAUUCCCCGCACGUCGGCGUCGGUGGUGGCUCCGGGAGGAAGUACACCUGGAAGUGGCUUUAGCACGGGAUCGGCCUCAGCGGCAGGAAUCACGCGCGCAGACGAAGAGCUGCUGCAGCUGUGGCGACUGGAUGAAAAUCACGUUGUCGCAGGCCACAUGUUGUCUCGAGGUAUGUUUGGAGUUGUUCAAUGA